GGUGGCCCACAUGAUGUUCACCACAGCCUUCCAGCUGACUGUCAGCCUGGGCCCAGAGGACUGGAAGCCUCAGACCUGGGACUACAGCUGGUCCUACAUUUUGGCAUGGAGCUCCUUUACAGCCUGCAUGGCGUCCUCCGUCACCACCAUCAACCGCUACACCAAAACCAUCCUGGAGUUCAAGCACAAGCGCAGGAACAUCGAGAAGAACCUGAAGAUCAAGCAGAAGCUGCUGGAGCUGGACUCCCCGGAGCAGGUGUGGGACAUGUACAUCAGCUCUGUGCCGAGCAACGCCGACGAGCUGCUGGAUCUGUCGCCCAACGUCCGCAAACUCUCCAACACCUCCCUCUUCCUGGACCUCAACGACCUGCCCGACCCGCAGCACGAGGAGUACUGCUGAGGAGAACGGUUGGCAGCUGAUACAUAAGCAGGUCAUUGGCUGCUCAGUGUGGAACAAUAAUAUAAUUACCGUAAACAGCAUGAGACCGAGGUGCUUGGUUACCCACAAAGUUCCAAUCUUCAAACGGAUAAGAGACGCUGUAAAGUUAUCGAGGGCUUGUUAGCAAACGGUUUCAAAAUCUAGCAGAUAGGUAGCAACACCUUUCAUUUGGAGUUCUGUUUCUGGCCAAAUGUAAAACUCAAACAUCUAAUCUAAUUAAUAAUGAUUACUGUGUCUUAAGCUUCCUAAAUGUCUACCUAUGUUCACUAAGCAUUUUAGUACAUUUGUGUUACAAGUUUAACUUUACAUUUUGUUGUAAAUAAGACAUGGAAAAUAUUCUCCAAGCUCAAAUGUUAAUAAAAUGGCCUCCAAUAUUCUAUGGUCAUUAGUGGACACCAAAAUAAUAGGGUAUAAAAAGACAUAGUUAACCAUCAACAAGGUUUUAGGUGUCCUCAACCUUUUUUUAUAGACCACAGGUUUUAUGUUAAAAGAUUCAAUUGGAUAUAACAUAAUUUUAGGUAGCUAGCUUAAAACAGUAAUAGGAAUGCAACAUGCACAGAUUUUAUUUUGUUGGCAAUGUACUAAUAACUUACCGUAGUUUCAAAUCUAAAUCCUGACGGGAGUGAGGAGGAGGUAAUUGGUAUACCGGAUCAGCAAAAAUACCCAAGAAAGUAUUAUCGUAUAAUUGUUAUUAAGCCAAACCCUUAUUUUUACCAGCAAAUAUUUUGUGGCACGGUUCCACCCAUCUGCAGAGAGUUAAGGGUUGAAUGAUUAGGGUUUCUACUUUCUUUCCUAGCAUGUAUUUUUUGUAACAUUAACAUCAAAUCAGACCUUUUUGUUAUAAUCAAAUUGUCUGCCCAAUGGUGAGGGUAUGUUGAAACCAAACCAGGCAGACAUUUUCUUAACCUCAGUGUGGGUAAAGACCUGUUGGGAGCUUAACUUUCCAAAGAAUACAGACAUAAUGGAGAGGAUUUUCCCAGCAGCCUGUAACCUUCUCCAUCCCUCACAGUUACCAGAAACUCUUCUGUUCCUGCGGCUGCAAAGCACUCCAACAGAUUCCCCACUAAAUCCAAUCACAUGAAGUCUAAAUUGCAGGAUAAAGGUCCAGCAGCGGUCUCGGUUGUUUACAGAAACUAUUCUAAUGUCUCAGAAUGGAGUUGGUGAUGACGUAUGGAUGUUACAUGUAGAACCUGUAAGGAGCAGUGUUGAACCGGACAUCGUAUAAUCGGCUUUAUGAUUGCGUUAGUGUGUGUAAACUAACUGUAUACCUCUUCCCAAGCAAUAUAAAGGGUCACUGCUUAAACCCUGUGAGUUAGAAGGAGGGUGAAGCUCAGGAGAUAUAAAGUGAGAUAACGCUCUAUGGUGAUGACUAGCCUCAACAACGGUCCUUCAGCUCUUCCAUUCUAAACAAGCACACUCUUAAGACUCUCAAGCCUCUCGGUUAGCUGUCCUUUGGAUUGUAUUCAUUGAGGAAGAAGUGUGUCUCUGUGGCUCACUCAGCUAAAGAUACACAUUGUUUAAUAAGGAGCUCCUCACAUUGAUUCUAAUAAGGAAUAAUGAUACACUGCCUCCAACCCAAAAUAUGAACCAAAUAGCAUUCAGUAGCUUAAAACACCUCAUCAGGUGUUCAUCCCUAGAUCACACUAGUACUUGUCUUGCCAUGGAAGGAAUGAACAGAAGGUGGACCUGAGGACUAUAGCUCCACCCACAUGAAUAUAUUGCUGAGUGUAAAGUGUUACAUGGGUGGGGGGUGCCUACAGGCCAUGCUGAGUGCCUUUACCUACAGCAGCGUGCUUCUGAUCCAACAGCAUGUCACCGUUUGAAAAGGGCGAUGCUGUUCCUCCGACUAAUAACUGCUUGAGAGGAAACAUAGCUGUCUGUGCAAAGUGCCAAAACUCAUCAGCGAGAGCCCACUCUUUUAAACCUCUUUACAUGAAGGGGAACUUUUGUUAUAUAUAUUCACACAAAUAGUAUUCAUGAAAAACCAGACCUGGAAUUUUACAAUUUACUGUAUUUUAAGUGCAUUUGAAAAUGUAUAUUAUGUUUAUUUAUAUGUUCAACUCAAAGUGAAAUGUAUUGUAGACAACUUAAAGAUUUAUCCUGAUUCAGUUUAUAUUUGAUCCUUUGUUGCAAUAUAUGCUGACGCAUGGACUGUUGUGUCUUUUUGUGUAUGUCAGAUUUGUUUACGGUGACACUUUUUGUGUAGUGUUUCUUUAGUCCAUUUUUGUUUUUUUGCAACCUAAUAUUAA